UUUGACGUGUCCGCCAUAGUCUAAUUUCAGCUUGAUAACGCAGCACCUCUUGCCGGAUUAUCAACAAAAACAAACUAUUUUUAUAACUCAAAGCACUUUUUUCUUCGUUCUUUCCAGGAAAUGGCAGACAGUGAUGAUGAGUACGACCGCAAAAGGCGCGAUAAAUUCAGGGGGGAGCGCGCCGAGGCCACUUACAGGGGCGCCGAGAGGGUGGCCAGGCCUCGGGACGACUGGGCGGAACGUGAUUCUUGGUCACGACCUAGGCCCCGGGAGUACCGUGCGGGCGUGAGAGACAGAGGGUAUUCGCCGAGCCUGGAUCCGGCCCCCAAGCGGCUGCGCCACGAUUACUACCCCGACAGUUACUACAACCAUUACGCCCCGUACCACCAGAGCUCACACAGAGCCGGUAAUUUCUUCAGAGAACCGCCUUCGUCUUCGCAAGCAGAGGGCCACCAGCCACCCAUGAUGUCGUUUAAAGCAUUCCUUUCCACCCAGGACGAUAACAUUUCAGAUAGGGAGGCAAUAGAAAAGUACAAUGACUACAAACUGGAGUUCCAAAGACAACAACUCAACGAAUUUUUUGUUGCCCAUAAAGACGACGAAUGGUUCCGCUUGAAGUACCACCCAGAGGAUUCCGUUAAAAGAAAAGAAGAACAGAUGGCAGCACUGAAGAAAAGAGUUGAGGUUUUCUUGGACUUGAUGAAUAGUGGCAAACUUGCAGUUUCUGUAGAUUGUGCCAAAACGAACGACUUGCUUAAAUUGCUGGAUACGGUCGUUAUAAAACUGGAAGGUGGCACUGACGAAGAUCUGGCUAUACUGGAGCAGGAAUAUACAGAACUUGAAGAACGUAUCAAGGAAAAAACGAAAGAGGACGUUCUUCCCGAAAAGCCCGUCGAGGAAGUCCCCCCCAAAAAAGAGGAGCCCCCUGUCGAGAAACCCAAGCCCGAGGAGCCCGAAACACAAGAGAACGGCGAAACCGACAACGCCGCCACCGAAGACGGCGAAAUCGAGCCCGACAAGAAAGACGACGCGCCGCCUCCCGAAGAAGAAAUCAAAGAACCCGAGAAGAUGGAAGUCGAGGACGAGAAGAAAGAGCCCGAGACGAUCGAGCAGCCGAAAGAGAUCGAAGCCGGCGAGGUAAACGAAGAAAAAAAGGAACAGAAAGAGGAUAAAAAACGCAAACGUUCGUUCUCUGGGAGUAGCAGCGGCGCCGGCUCGUCCAGCAGCGACAGCGAGAGCGAGGAGGAGAAAGAGAACAAGGAGAAGAAGGAGGAGGGCGAAGAAGAAGUCGAUAGGGAGAGGGAGAGGGAGAAAGAGAAGCCGAAGGAGGAGGUGAAGGAGCAGAUCGAGAUGGUGGACGACGACAAGCCCGAAAAGCCGAAGUCGCUGCACAAGACGACGUCGAUUUUCUUGAGGAACUUAGCGCCGACGAUUACCAAGCAGGAGGUGGAGGCGGUGUGCGGGCGGUACGAGGGCUUCCUGAGGGUGGCGUUGGCCGACCCCCAGCCCGAGAGGCGCUGGCUGAGAAGGGGUUGGGUCACGUUCAAGAGGGACGCCAACAUCAAGGAGAUCUGUUGGAAUUUGAACAACAUAAGGCUGAGGGACUGCGAGCUGGGGGCCAUCGUGAACAGGGAUCUGAGCCGCCGGAUCAGGCCCAUUAAUGGGAUCACCGCCCACAAGCAGGUGGUGCGGUCGGACAUCCGGAUUUCGGCCAAGGUGGCGCUGCAUCUCGACAACAAAGUGGGGCUUUGGCUGGACGAAGACAAGAAGGAAAAACCCCAACAGACCUUCGGUCUGGUUUCGAACAACCCAGUCCUCCACAACAUCACCGACUACCUCAUCGAGGAAGCGAGCGCCGAAGAAGAGGAACUCCUGGGUCUGGAACCGACCGCCGAGACCCAGGAUUCCGCCACCACGGUGGACCGGGACGAGAAUUUGAUAGCCGUACUCGACAGAAUUAUUUUAUACCUACGUGUCGUUCACUCCGUCGACUAUUACAACCACUGCGAGUAUCCGAACGAAGACGAGAUGCCCAACAGGUGCGGGAUUUUGCACGCACGAGGCCCCCCGCCCACCACAAAAACCGACAUGACUCAGUUCAUUGGCGUGCCAAUCGAAGCCAAAAUGGCGAGUUUCCUCCCAGAGAAGCCACGCGACGAGAACAAAAACGAGACCAAGCUGAUCAACUUGUCCCUCAAGGACGUGGACACGGAAAUCGACAAGUUCGUGCAAGCGAACACGCGAGAAUUAGCCAAAGAAAAGUGGUUGUGCCCUCUGUCGGGAAAGAAGUUCAAAGGUCCGAACUUCGUCCGCAAGCACAUCUUCAACAAACACGCCGAGAAAAUCGAAGAAGUGAAGAAGGAGGUGGAGUAUUUCAAUAACUAUCUGCGCGACCCGAAGAGGCCGAUGUUGGCCGAGGCCCCCCAGCCUAAGCGGGAGGAGCCCCCGACGUACAACCACCCCUCGUACGGAGGGUCGUUCGGGGGGUACGGCCGGUUACCGCCCUACUACAACCAGGGGUAUUCGCAGAGAUCCAGAGGCUACACGCCACGAUCGAGGGGCGGAGGCGGAGAUUUUAGGCCCGUGAUUCACUACAGAGACCUGGACGCGCCCAGAGAGCCCGACGAAUUUAUCUAAGUUUGUUCUUUUAAGGUUCAGAGUUAAGGAGUAUUCACAAAAGUAAAAUUUAUUUCGUAAUAAGUUUAAGUUUGUAAAGGUACAAUAAAGUCAUUGCAGUGGA